UUGAGGCCACAUUUGAAAUUUCCUCUCUUCAUUUACACAGUGACGUCAGCAGCCAACAUUGGGCUCUUAUUUUGAAACCCAAACUCGCUCAGCCAAUCAGAUUUCAGCCUUAUAUAACCGGAAGCGACGUUAUGAAAACAUUACAAGCGCGCUUCACACGGUCACAGCUGCGAUUAAUGUUCAGUGGUUGGAAAACGUCACUCGAUGUUAAAGGGAGUUUUGACACCUGCUCACACGUCAUGCUGAAAGCUGUGGGACAAGCUCUCUUCUCAAGUGGACUGCAGAAUCCCAAAUUCACAGCAGAGGAGAAAAAGGGAGAAGACUAUGAAAUCCGCACCUACCAUGCCACCAAGUGGGUGAGCACCUCUCUGAGUGGGAUGCAACUGGAUGCAGCCAUGAACACUGGCUUCCGCAGGCUCUUCCGUUACAUCCAGGGCAACAAUCAAAACAAGGUCAAAGUGGAAAUGACGGCCCCUGUGACGUGCCGUGUCGACCCUGGAGCCGGCCCUGCAUGUGAAUCUCACUUCACUGUAUCCUUCUACAUCCCAGAGGAGCAUCAGGCCAGUCCCCCGGAGCCUAGUGACCCGGAGGUGUUUGUGGAGAACAGGAAAGAGUUCACAGCUUAUAUCAGGACAUACGGUGGUUUCUCCAAUGAGAAUAUGAAGCGUGAAGAGCUGCUGAAACUUCUGGAGAGCCUGCAGAGGGACGUCGUCCCAUACGUCGACAAGCCGUUCUACACAGUCGGCUACGACAGCCCCUUCAAACUGACCAACCGCAGGAACGAGGUCUGGGUCCUCAAGAAGGAACACGAGCAGUAGAGAGUUUUAAAGGUCACACACGCACGCACACACACACACACACACACAGCAUCCGGCCUACUGCAACUUAAAAAUACUAGACUUUUACAUGAUCAUCUCACAACACAUGAUAAAUUUCAGUUUUACAGCGCUUUUCAAUGAAGUAUGAUGAAUUAACUUUAAAGGUCACAUUAACAAGUACUGUUGAAUAUCUUUUUACUUUUCUGACUGAGUAAGUUAUGCAGUGAAUGCUUUGACUAAAAGUUACUGAAUUAGACUCAUUGUAAGUCUGGAAAAAGUGACCAAACGCAUAGUAAAGUGCGCUCUAACAGGCCAUCAUCUAGCAUCCAUUAACCAAAUGGCCACAGUGGAACAAUAUUUCCAGCAGAGGGAGCCAAGUAGUCAGAGGACAUGUCCCUCUUGGUGCAUUUCAUUAGGACAAAAACCUUAAGUGCCUCUUUUAAUGAAUGACUUGUUGAAAACACACUAAUUUUCAGCUUUUUUUUUUUUUUUGUGCACAUUGCUAACUUUUAUUUAUUCAGAGAUUCUCAAAGGGGAAAAAAAUACUUGAAAAUUCAGUUAUAUGGUAAAUAUUUUUAUUUAAAACAAUGUAACAAGAGUCUGCAAGAUGUAAAAAUAAAGGAUAAGUUCACAUUUUUCAUCUUUUGUAAUGCACUACUUACAUGCCUAUGUGUACAUUAAAGCUAUUAUUGGUCAAUCUCUUCUUAUGAAGAGAGGGAAUGAUUUCAGUGACGUUUAACGUACAUGUGGGCCUGUGAGCAUUGCGAGCAACAUAGGCAAAAUUUGCGAAACGUGCUCUUUGUGGGAAGGUGGCUCUGCCUGACAAAAUGUUGGUAGAUGUCAGUUUAUCGGAUCCUACACCUCACCUAGCUGUCACCGCUAUCACACCUGUUAUGAUGAACGGCUGAGUCACUGUUAAUCUAGACCAGUCAUCUAUCAUUUUUAUUUGCAGCAAACAUGUCUGUGAUGAAUUAAUGAGUGUGUAGUUACCUGGCUCUGAUCUACCAACAUUUCUUUGGUGCCUUGUGGGUGUAAGACAUCGGCAAAGAGCGACAGUUGCAAGCUAACAAACAUUAUGCCAUUUUUUAUACAUUAAAUCAAUCUUUAUAUUUUUAGCUCCUGAUGUAGUAGAAAUUGUGUUUUUAAUGUUGAAGAAGGGAUACGACAUGGUUCUUGUCAUGGGAAAGAAGACUUAAGCACUGCACUGAUAUGUGAAUCAUGGGAAAUAUUAGUUGCUUCUAAAUAAUGUGAAAGAAUGUUAAAUUUAGUAUCUCAUAAAUAAUAAAUAUAACUCAUCAUCAAAUGAUCGAUUACUCUGAUAAUUUAUUACCUCCAUCUCAACUGUGUAAUUAUGUUUUUGUCAUCCCUAUUCCGUGAUGGGAUUUAAAAAAAAAAAAAAAAAAUUUUCCACAAAACUUCUUCCUGAGUUGUUUAUCUGAUCCGUAUGUUAUACAAUUCAGACCGUCCUCCACACUCUGAUGGUCAUGACCUUUUAUCAGUCAGAUGAAAUCCUCGCCACAGUUGACUUCACCCUCUAUCCUCUCUCACCUUCUCCUUUCCCGUGCUCUCGUCGUCGUCCAUGUUUGCUGAGUCAUUCGUUUUAUUUGUGGCAGAAUUGUUCCCAAUAUCAUGUUCAGACACUCGGCAGAACCGACAUCUGACAAAUGACACGUAUACGCUCUCCACCGUCGUCUGUUGUUCAGCAGUCAGAUCGAUCUCAUUGGCCAUGCUCACUGAGGUGAAACAUCGCUGCGGAGAGGAAAUGUAUAAUGAGACUCUCUGUUUUAUUCCAAAUACCACAGUCGCGUAUUUUAAUUUUAUCUAGCCCCUCCAACCUGGUGGAAACCUUGAGCUGAUGUAGAGGACAGGGUGUAAAAAUACUUCACUGACAAAACUCAUUUUCUGGUGACAGAGAUUAACUUAGUAAAAAUUAAUGUGCAGUAAUGAGCAGUGGUACAUUUUAGGCAGUUUUUUUUUUUUUUUUUUUUUUUUAAGGCUCCAGUUUCUUCCCACAUCCCAUAUUGCAAAUUAGAGAGACUGGAGACUUUAUAUUGCCAAAACCGUGGGAGUCAGAGAAUGUGUGAGUGGUUGUCUCCUUUGCAUGUGUGUUAAAUUUACAUUGUUGGCAACUGUUUUCCAAAGCAGGUUUUAAUAUUGUAGUUAUUCCAUCCAGACAUUUUAGUCCACUGUGAGUAUCAGGGCUGCAAAAAACAAUUUUCUUUCGGUUCAUCUGACUAUUACUUUCUCAGUUAAUUAUUUAGUUUAUGAAAGAGCCCAAAGUGGUGUCUUGAAUAUCUUGUGAAAGGUGAUGUUUUUUUCUUCCAACAGUCCAAAAGCCAAAUAUAUUUAAUUUCCUUUCAUGACAGAGAAUACCAGCAAAUCAUCAUGUUUCAGAAGCUGAAACCUUUAACAGUUUGACAUUUUAGUUGAAAAAUGACUCAGUUAAGGAUAGUUCAUGAAUUAUUUGAUCAAUUAAUUGAUUUAUUGUUGCAGCUCUAUUUAAGAUUAUAAACGUUUAAAGAGUUGAGAGAUUUGAUACUGAACUUAAGUAAUCACAACUCUGUGUGUGUGUGUGUGUGUAUUUAUACACACACACGAGGAAUCGCAAAUUGAUCAGAGGAAAAAAAACCUUUUUGUUACAAAAUUAUUACACUUUCUGCAAAUUUGAUUCUGAAAUACUGGCAAGUUUUUCAUCUGCAGGUCUUUUAAACUAUUCACUGAUAACAAAUCAAUCAUGUCUCUCUCUGAAUUAAAGUGAUCUCAACUAAUAGACAAAUGCAACUUGUGACAUACGGUCAAAAAAAAAACAUUCAGGCAAAAAUCUGACGUCUAAGUUUGGAGAGACAUUAAAUUUAAUUUACAUUACUGUUUUCAUAAUGCCAUGUUUGACACUUUACUUUAGCUGACUGAGAGUUGGAGCUUCCCUGAAUGCAUCAGCAAGGAAACAUUUUAAAACAGCCCCAUAUUCACAGCUGCAUUUUUAUGCAAGGUGACUAAAAGUUUCCUGUGACAGAAUGAUGGACCUGUUUUAGGCAGAGCCUUUGCAUGUUGAAUUAUUAUUAUUUAUUUAUUUUUUAAAUAGUGCACUGGUAUUGAAAGAUGUUUUUGAAAUGGGUUGUCGGUAAUGUCAAAUGUUAUUCUUCAUUAAGGGACCAAAACAUGCAAAGCUACUGAUACUGUCCUUUUUUUAAAAGCCUAAGUGAACAGUCACUCCUCUAUUUUGCCCCAGCACGUGUGUCAAAUUGUAAAUACUGUAUUUUGCUUUUUAUGGCUGAAUAUUCGGAGCCGUUCCCGUUGAUCAGGCUGAGUCAUUCUACAAAGGCUCUUCAGGCACUGAAACGCAGUUGAUAACUAUUCUGUUCCUUGCCAUCUACUGUGUUCAAGUCAAUAUGGUUGAUCAGUUUCAUUUGUCACUUCAUGCACCUGUGUCUUGUAAGAGCACUGUACAGAGGGUCUUGUAUAUAAGAGGAAAGGGGAAAAGCACUGGAGUGUCAAUAGUGUGAUUAUGCUUGGAGUUUGUAUUGAUUUCUGUGUCACAGCCAGAUGGACACGGUAUUGGUGAGCGUCGGAGGCCAGGUGACUCUGCUAAAUAGGAGGGUGGAGGGAAAACAUUAAAAGGCUGUCAGUGUUUCUGUGCUCUUGGGAAUGAAUGCUCAAUGUGCUGAGGGCUUGAAAUGACAGCAUGGUACUGAAGGGAAUGUGUAAGUCAAAUAGUCACGACUGAUCAACUGUGCAGCAGUGGAAAGGUCUAUUAUGGGCUGAGCCUUUGAUUCAGUAUGUGUCCUAAUAGGAUGUCCAGAUGGAGACAUAACUGAUGACCCUGCAGGGGGGAGGCGGGGUAACCGAUGGCCUCUGGAGUUUUCCAGAUGACGGACGAGUGUGGAUGCCAUGGCGAUGGCGCUAAUGAGGCGGUGAUUUGGGGUGUUGGGUGGGCAGAUGGCCGUGAAUCACUCAGAGGGAGAGAAAUGACACAGAGACCUGGCUCUUUAAAUAUCACCUUGUUUUUUUUUGUUUUUUUUGUUGUUUUUUAUUACACAGACAUACACAAGAGCGUUAGCAGCCCGCCUUCAGCUCCACUCCCACUACUUCACGACUUCCUCUUCUGUCCUCUCGUCUUUUUCACAAGCUCUCUGAGAUUGAGACGUUUCCUGUCAUGAGAUGAGCCCCGGCCCCAAGUGCUCAAUCAUGGUCAGGCGGGAGCUGGGGGGCGAGACACACUUUGGUCACAGGUGAUUAAACCACAGGGUGUUAUGGCUGUUAGGAGGUUAUGACGUCUCGAGCCUGUCACCUCAGUUCAUGUCUCUGAAGAGACCACAUUUACUCAGCUGUGAGCACCAGUGUGUGGUUUGCAUGACUCAAGAUUAAGGGCAGUAGAAGGCUGAAGCAUAAAUAUUGACAUUAUUCGAUUUUUGAAGCACCUUUUUUUUUU